GCCAAGGGACGCUUACCUGCCGCUUCCCCCGCCGCCCGCUGCACCUGGCUACAAGGAACCUCGUUCCGAGGGUGGACGGCGACACUCGGCGGAGUUGGAAACGGCGCGCGCCGUCCAGGCACCGUCUUUUAGCGGAACGCGGGGGCGCCUUUGCGACUCCUUCCCUGAACCGUGCUCCCUCCCUCCCGCCUCCAGUCAGCCCCGGAAAGGUGGGACGGCUCCCGGCUCUAGUUACAGAAGCGGACCGUGCCCGCGAAGAGGGUUGGAAAAUGCCCCGCGCGUUCCUGGUGAAGAAGCCGUGCGUCUCCACGUGCAAGAGGAACUGGAGCGAGCUCCCCGACGAGGAGCGCGGCGAGAUCUACGUGCCAGUCAGCCUGGGCUUCUGCCCACCUCCACCCUACCGGGAGCCGGAACCGUCAGUGGCUGAACCCCCUUCUUGCCCCCUGGCUUUGGACAUGAGCCUUCGGGAUGCCAGCUAUAGUGUGGCCCCCGCGCCCUGUGUGGUGGCCCAGCUGCCCUCUGAAGACAUGGGCCGCCUGACAGACCCCCAGAGCAGAGACCAUGGUUUCCUCCGCACCAAGAUGAAGGUGACCCUAGGGGACAGUCCCAGUGGAGAGCUCUUCACCUGCCACAUCUGCCAGAAGGCCUUCACCUACCAGCGCAUGCUGAAUCGCCACAUGAAGUGUCACAAUGACGUCAAGAGGCACCUCUGCACAUACUGUGGGAAGGGCUUCAAUGACACCUUUGACCUCAAGAGACAUGUCCGGACCCACACAGGUGUGAGGCCCUACAAGUGCAGCCUGUGUGACAAGGCCUUCACUCAGCGCUGCUCCCUGGAGUCUCACCUCAAGAAGAUCCAUGGCGUGCAGCAAAAGUACGCCUACAAGGAGCGGCGUGCCAAGCUGUAUGUGUGUGAGGAGUGCGGCUGCACGUCCGAGAGCCAGGAGGGGCAUGUCCUGCAUCUGAAGGAGCACCACCCCGACAGCCCGCUAUUGCGCAAGACCUCCAAGAAAGUGGCUGUAGCCCUGCAGAACACUGUCACAUCCCUGCUGCAGGGCAGCUCCCACCUGUGAAUGGCACAAGCCUCCGGGAUGCUCCCAGAGGCCCCGAGGGGGUUUGGGAUCACCUUCCUGCGGCCUCUUGCCUGAACACCAGUGAGAUGGACUAGAGCUCCCGUGCCUCAGCAUCCCCCUAGGGCACAUGUGCUCACUCAGGCACAGCAAUGAGCUCUGCUCAUUUUUGCAUUUUUGUCUUAUGGGCACAGGCUGCUCUGAGCCUGGGAAGACAUGUCUGAAUGGGGAUGGGGAAGGGGUGAAGCCAAGGCUGCCUUCGAUUAGAAGCAGCUGCCUUCAGAUAUCCACUGUUCCCUGGCAGCAGGACUUCCCUCCCAGAAGGAAGUAUGAGACGGGAUCCUACCGCCCUCGCUUCUGAGUAUAGGGCAGCGGCUGUGGAUCCCCAGUGGACAAUAGAGUCGAGAGCACUGGCAGAGAGCACCCUGAAAGCAACUGUGGUGGGGGGCUGGCAACGGCCCAUCUACCUGUCAGAACUUGUAAUGCUCAGGGUUCUGGGGCACUCUGCCCUUCCUGAUAAAGAGAGGCACACGUGUGUGUGCACAGCUGUGUGUGCAUGUGCACAAGCAGGAGGCCUUUCCACAUACCACCUCAUUUUUAAGAAAUCAACUGCAAAGUGCCAAGGAGGUUUUAUUUCCUUCUUUAAAAGAUGACAGUGUACAAAUAUUAAUAUAUUUUUGGUGCCACUUGUGACUAUUUGACUAUUUUUAAAAGCAGGAUGGAGCUGGCUUUUCUCCAUUCCCAUGUGGUUCUACUUAUCCUGGACAUUUCAAACCUCCUGUGUGCCUUGGCUCUGGGGGUGGCUGCCCCAGUGCACCCCCUCACCCUGUUCAUUGUACCUCUGAGAUAUUAACUGAAGACCUUCCCAUAGCCCCGCCCUGGAGGGUGACUAUUCCAUCUUCCCUCUGUCCUCUGGGCUCUGCCCCUCUCCAUCCUUUCAAGUGGAGCCUCAGGAGCCUAUUUGCCCCCUGAUGACAGAUUGCCAACUGCUCAUGGAGUAACUCACCAUUCUGAGGCUGAGGAUGUACACCGCUGGGGCUUCAGGGGUCAGCCAGGUGGCAUGAUUAGUGUAUGACACCAGUCCACUGCCUGAAGUACAAGACAUGUUCAGUGCCAGGCUGGAAAGCCUCCCUUUUUCCUGUUUGAGUCAGAAACUCUAGCACAGUAGCAAAAAUUAGGGCAGAUAAGAACCAACACAUCAGAAACUUCCAGAGGAAAGUAUUAGAUGGUUAUCAAAUCCUAUUCGUAGUUUUCUUAUUGACUGUUCUUCAGAUGGUCGAAUUGGGAUUUGAGUGCCUAUGGAGAGAGCCAUCCUGGGCUGCUUGCCUCCCUUGGCGCAACUGUGUUUCCUGCUGAUACCAGGAACGGGGGAGGGUGGUCUACAGGGCUGUGUGUUUUGUGGAAAAGGAAAGACAGGCAGGGGUUAGAGCCACCCUACCAGAGAGCAAGGGAGGCACACAAAAGAGGUCCACAACACAGCGGGCUGGGCAGCCUCUGCGACCAAGCCCCAGCCAGGCAGAAGCAGCCUUGGAUAACGCUCUGAAACGUGCACAGAGUGAUUCUGAAGACUUGUUUUAUUUUACUAGAUUGGGGAGCUGCUGUAUUUUCAAAGUUAUCUACCAUAAAAUAGCAUUAUCUGGAAGCUCUGUUUUUGUUUACAUUUCUGUAUCCCUGGGUUCACUGCCAAUCUGAGGCAGUCAUGAGGUUCUGUGUUGUUUGUUUUAUUUUAUAACCUUCCCCUAACUAUUAAAAUCAGAGAACUAAUGAUUUCUGUGGUGUUUUUUGUU